AUUUUUUUCCAUCUUUGUUCUCUGUUUGUACUUGAGAACAACCCCCUUUGAACUCGAUCAAGAAACCUAAGUUUCUUCGAAGAAUCAAGAAUCAAGAAUCAAGAAUCAAGAAUGGUGCGGACACCGUGUUGCAAAGCUGAAUUAGGGUUAAAGAAAGGAGCUUGGACUCCCGAGGAAGAUCAGAAGCUUCUCUCUUACCUUAACCGUCACGGUGAAGGUGGAUGGCGAACUCUCCCCGAAAAAGCUGGACUCAAGAGGUGCGGCAAAAGCUGCAGACUGAGAUGGGCCAAUUAUCUUAGACCUGACAUCAAAAGAGGAGAGUUCACUGAAGACGAAGAAUGUUCUAUCAUCUCUCUUCACGCCCUUCACGGCAACAAAUGGUCCGCUAUAGCUCGUGGAUUACCAGGAAGAACCGAUAACGAGAUCAAGAACUACUGGAACACUCAUAUCAAGAAACGUUUGAUCCAGAAAGGUAUUGAUCCGGUUACACACAAGGGCUUAAACUCCGGUACCGACAAAUCAGAAAACCUCCCGGAGAAACAAAACGUUAAUCAGACAACUACUGACGAUGAUCUUGAUAAUGACAAGGCGAAGAAGAACAACAAGAAUUCCGGAUUAUCAUCGGCUAGGUUCUUGAACAGAGUAGCUAAUAGGUUCGGAAAGAGAAUCAAUCAGAGUGUUCUGUCUGAGAUUAUCGCAAGUGGAGGCCCACUUGCUACUACUAGUCACACUACUACUACUACUACAACUACAAGUGUUUCCGUUGACUCUGAAUCAGAUAAGUCAACGAGUUCUUCCUUCGCACCAACCUCGAAUCUUCUCUGCCAUGGGACCGUUGCAACAACACCUGAUUCAUCGAACUUUGACGUUGAUGGUAACCUUAAUCCGACGUCUUCUUCGUCCACGUUCUCUGAUGCCUCCGUUAACAAUCCUUUAAUGUACUGUGAUAAUUACGUUGGUAAUAAUAACGUUGAUGAUGAGGAUACUAUCGAGUUCUCGACAUUUCUGAAUGAUGAAGAUUUCAUGAUGUUGGAGGAAUCUUGUGUUGACAACACUGCGUUCAUGAAAGAACUUACGAGGUUUCUUCAUGAGGAUGAAAAUCAUGGCGUCGUUGAUGUGCCGCCGGUCUAUGAACGUCAAGAUAUUUUUGACGAGAUUGAUAACUAUUUUGGAUGAGAGAAUCUCCUGGUCGAUGAAUCCCGCGUAAUCAUGUCAAUAUGAUAUAUGAAGAUAUACUAUAUGUCUAUGGAUAUGUUACCUUGAUGAUGAUGAUAGUAAUAAAUAAUGAUGAUGGUG